AUGUCUGCUGAAGGUGAAGAAGAAUUACUUGACUACUCCGACUCCGAAGAAGUCCAACAACAACAAACUACAGAUGCAACUGCAACCGAGGAUGCAGACAAGAAAGGAUCUUACGUAUCCAUUCACACCUCUGGUUUCAAGGACUUCUUGUUGAAGGAAGAGUUGCUUAGAGCCAUUGGUGACUGUGGUUUUGAACAUCCUUCUGAAGUUCAACAACAAUGUAUUCCACAGUCCAUUCUUGGUAAUGAUGUCUUGUGUCAAGCUAAGUCUGGUUUGGGUAAAACUGCAGUUUUUGUCUUGUCUUCCUUACAACAGUUGGACGCUACUCCUGGAGAAAUUUCCACUGUUGUUAUUUGUCAUACUAGAGAAUUAGCAUAUCAGAUCAAAAAUGAAUACACUAGAUUUUCCAAGUACCUGCCUGAUGUUAAGACUGAAGUUUUCUACGGUGGUGUGCCUAUUAAGAAGGAUGUGGAAAUUUUAAAAAACAAAGAAACUUGUCCUCAUAUAGUUGUUGCAACUCCAGGUAGACUGAAUGCUUUGGUCAGAGAUAAUUUGAUCAAUUUAAAGCAUGUUAAGAGUUUUAUUAUCGAUGAAUGUGAUAAUGUUCUUGAAUCCAUUCAAAUGAGAAGAGAUGUCCAAGAGAUUUUCAGAGCAACUCCUUUCCAAAAGCAAGUUAUGAUGUUUUCUGCAACUUUAUCACCGGAAAUGAGACAAAUAUGUAAGAAAUUCAUGAAGAAUCCACUUGAAAUUUAUGUUGAUAAUGAAAAGAAGUUGACCUUACAUGGUUUACAACAAUACUUUAUCAAACUACCAGAGGAGAAGAAGAACGUCAAGUUGGCUGAGUUGUUGGAUUCCUUAGAAUUCAACCAAGUUAUCAUUUUCGUCAAAUCAACCAAGAGGGCCACUGCUUUAAAUCAACUAUUAAUUGAUUCUAAUUUCCCAUCCAUUGUGGUUCAUUCUGGUAUCCCACAAGAGGAAAGAAUCCAAAGAUAUAAGUUAUUCAAAGAAUACAACAAAAGAAUUUGUGUUUCUACAGAUGUUUUCGGUAGAGGUAUUGAUAUCGAAAGAAUCAACUUGGCCAUCAACUACGAUAUGCCAAGUGAAGCAGAUCAGUACUUGCACAGAGUUGGUAGAGCAGGUAGAUUCGGUACUAAAGGUUUGGCUGUUUCCUUUAUCUCUAAUGAAAAGGAUGAAGAAAUCUUGAACAAGAUCCAAGAUAGGUUUGAUGUUAAGAUUCAAGAGUUCCCUGAAGAAGGUGUUGAUCCUUCUACUUACAUGAACACUUAA